AUGCUAGGCAGUACUAUUAUUAUUGCCUGUUUAUUAGUGAUAGUAACUACCAUAGCGUUGGUGGCAGUGCAAAAGGCAUCGUCCAAGACACGGAUUAAACAGAGAAGUUACCAACCAUCCAUUGUCAUUGCAGGCCCCCAAAAUUCUGGUAAGACCAGCUUGCUCACACUAUUAACCACGGAUUCUAUGAGACCAACUGUUGUAUCACAGGAACCGUUAUCAGCGGCGAAUUAUGAUGGUUUCAAUAUUGCUCUAGUCGAUUUUCCGGGUCAUGUCAAAUUACGCUAUAAACUCUUCGAAUACCUGAAAACAAGAGCCAAAUUCGUCAAGGGGCUGAUAUUCAUGAUAGAUUCCACAACCGAUCCCAGGAACUUAACUUCGACGGCAGAGUUUUUGGUAGACGUAUUAUCAAUUACUGAAUCUAGCUGUGAAAAUGGUGUCGAUAUUUUGAUUGCAUGCAAUAAGAGCGAAUUAUUCACUGCAAGACCAUCAUCAAAGAUUAGAGAUGUUUUAGAAAGUGAAAUCCAAAAAGUAAUUGGAAGAAGAAAGAAAUCAUUGAAUGAGGUUAAAAGAAGAGUCAAUGAAGAACAAGAUGCAGAAAAUGUAUUGGACGUUUUACAAUCUUCCCAUGAGUUUAAAUUUGCAAGGUUGGAAGGGUCUGUAGUUGCCUUUGAGGGCAGUGUCAGUAAGAAAAAUAUUUCUAAAUGGCGCCAAUGGAUAGACGAAAAACUAUAG